CCACACGGGGGCGCUGUAGAGCAGCACUGCCCUCAGGUGUGAUUGGUCAGAUGUGCCUAAAAAGCUCGUUUCCAUCCUGACCUGAGGCCAGUUCGUUUCGGUCUCUUCUUGUCCGGAUCUCAUAACAUGUCCAACUCUGCUGUGGUGAAAACGUUGGAGAACCUGAGCCUGGACUCAGGUUAUGUAGCCGGGGAGGCCAGCCCGUCCAGCCGGUCGGUCAGCGCUCCUCUCCGGGGUUCAUGGUGGCCGCGCAGCGGCUCCACCUCCAGCUGGGACACGGUGAGCGCGCUGCCGGAGGACGCGGCGGACACCCUGGCCAGAUGCGCCUGCCUGCCCGAGCUGGAGGACUAUCCGUGGACGGAGUCGGAGCUGCAGGAUGUGGUCCACAGAGCCUCCGGGUGUGAGUGUUUCAGCCCGGAGGCUGUCAGCAGACUGUCCGUCCUGCUGCGCAGGGCUUUGCUCCGGGUGUCCCGGGAGGCGCAGCGGCUCAGUGAGCUCCAUAGGCGGUGCACGCGCCUGGAGGUGCAGAGCGCGGUGCGGCUCGUGCUCAGCUGGGCUCUGGCCGACAGGUGCGGCUCCUCCGCGGUCAGAGCCGUCUCUCUGCUCUGCAUGACCUCCGGGGACACCGUGGGUAAGUCUGCGCGCUGCGGGCUCGUCCUGUCCGUGGGCCGCUUCUUCAGGUGGAUGGUGGAAACGCGCGUUUCGGUGCGCGUGCAUGAGUACGCAGCAGUUUACCUCGCGGCUUUCGUGGAAAGUUUGGCAGAAGAAGUUGCGAAACGUGCGCAGCGCGUGGCCAGGUUGGCGGACGCCUCAACGCGCAGUGCGGUGACCGUGGAGCUGCUGGACGGAGCCGUGAACAGCGACUCUGAGCUGUGGGGCCUCCUGCAGCCCUAUGAGCAUCUGAUCUGUGGGAAGAACGCUUACGGGGAGCUGAGUCUGCCGGCCCACAUCAGUCCGUACACAAAGGUUCCUGAGAAACCAUCGGAGAGCAGGGAGGACGCCUACAUCCAGCUCGAGCUGAGGACACUGGAGCAGUCGCUGCUCGCCACCUGUGUAGGCAGCAUCACAGAGCUCAGUGACCUUGUGUCUCGAGCGAUGCACCACAUGCAGCGUCUGCGAACCUCCAGCCCUGCUGUCGGCGGCGCCGGUCCGGUUCGCCAGCCCUCAGUUUCAUGGGCCUCCUCCGCCCUCCGCUCUCUUUACUACUUCCUGUCCAACCCGCACAUGGAAUCCCUGGAGAACCCCAACCUGGAGCCCCCGGCUGUGAUUCUGAGCAGAGAACGGCCGUUCCUGCUCCUCCCUCCUCUCAUGGAGUGGAUUAGGGUUGCCGUGGUGCACGCCGAACAUCGCCGCAGCUUAUUGGUGGACAGUGAUGAUGUCAGGCAGGGAGCCCGAUUGCUCCUCCCAGGACUGGACUGUGAGCCCAGACAGCUAAGGUCUGAGUGUUGCUUCCAGUCCUUCAAAUGUCUGGAUGCUGCAGCUGCUUCAGGAAAGUUCCACCUGGACCUGGGCUUCCGGAUGCUCUCAUGUGGCAGAGCAGAUCUGGUCCAGCAGGCUGCCCGGCUGCUGGGCGCAGAUGGCAUCAAUACCAUGGACGACCAGGGAAUGACGCCUUUGAUGUACGCCUCUGCAGCAGGAGAUGAAGCUAUGGUGCAGAUGCUCGUGGAGGCCGGAGCCCACCUGAACCUGCAGGUCCCUGCCAACUCUCUCCGACACCCUUCUGUUCAUCCCGGCAGUCGGCACUGGGUGGCGCUGACGUUUGCCGUGCUGCACGGUCACUUCUGUGUGGCUCAGCUGCUGCUAGAGGCUGCUGCCGAUGUUGAAGGCGGAGUCCUGCUGGACGGAGUGGAGAGCUCAGCGGAAACGCCGCUGCAGCUUGCAGCAGCUGCAGGUAACUAUGAGAUGGUCUGCCUGUUGCUCACUCAUGGAGCGGACCCUCUGCUCAGAGCGCACCAUGGGACCUCGCUGACGCCCCCUCUGUUCGAGGACAUGAACUGCUUCAGUUACGCCGCAGCUCAUGGACACAGGAACAUCGUGAGGAGACUACUGCUUCAGCCGCCGCACAGGAAAGAGGACAUCCUAUCUCUUGAGGAGAUCCUGGCUGAAGGAGUGGAGGAGCCCGAGGACCCGACCCGGCAUCCGGCGGCAGGCUCCCUGAGCGCGGUUCCUUCCGCGUCUAAAGCCACGAUGAAAGCUCUGCAGCAGGCGGCGUAUUACAGCGCAGAGCACGGAUACCUGGAUGUUACCAUGGAGCUGAGAGAGAUGGGCGUCCGCUGGAAGCUGCACACCUGGCUGGAGUCGCUCCGCAGGGCCCAGCAGCUCGGCAGAAACCAAGUCACCCUCCGCCUCCUCAGCGACUUCCCCUCCAUCAGGACGGAGGACUUCAGCCCCGAGCUGCUGUCUGCAGGGAUCCCCUUCCUGUUCAGCCUGUUGGCCACCAGCAGGGACUACGCUCUGACCAAGCAGCUGGCCUUGCUGGUGUCUCACUGCUACGGCGGCUCCCCGGUCCCCGCCGUUCCACCGGUGGACGUGGCUCGGUCCACUCAGCUGGAUAUCCGCUUCCUGAACAACAAGGAGAUGUCAGAUGUGACGUUCAUGGUGGAAGGCCGUCCGUUCUUCGCUCAUCGGGUGCUGUUGAUGUCCGCCUCUGAACGGUUCCGGCAGAUGCUGGCAGAUUCGCCAGACAACAUCAUCCACAUCAGCCACAUGACGUAUGGCACCUUCCAGAUGGUGAUGAGGUCUCUGUACUGUGGAGGAACCGACGGGCUGAAGAUCCUUCCUGCUGAAGCCAAGAAGCUGCUGCCUGUGGCCUUUUUCUUCCAACUCCGAGGUCUGCAGAGAUGCUGUGAGGUGAUGCUGUCUCAGAGUCUGACUCUGGAUAAUGCCGUGAGCGUCUAUCAGACCGCCAAGCACCAUGGAGCAGCUGAACUCUGCAGGUUCUGUGAGGGGUUCUUCCUGCAGAACAUGGACCAGCUCCUGGACAGAGAGGACUUCCACCGCCUGCUGCUCGGUACCAUCAGAAAGGAAUCUUUCUCCCCUGGCUCAGCGACGCCGCCUGGAUCGGGACCGGACCAGGACCUGCCGGUUCUCAAACACCUGGAGGCGACGCUGAUCGAUAGACUUUACCACCUUCAUGCUGAGUGUCGAGGGUAGAAGAUCUGCUCAGGUCUCCUGGGUGAAGGUGACGGAGUAGAUGCCGUUCUCCUUGGUGGCGCCGGUGUUCUCCGUGUACGUGAUGUCCACCUGGAACUUGACAGGCUUCUGGAAAACCGUCGGCCCCGCCGUGGACUUGUACUCCGCCCGGAAGCUGGUCUGAGAGAUGACGCUGUGGCUGAGGCUGGGGAUCUGGACAGACGGGGACACAGAGCGUCAGCGGGGAGGAGGCGGCGUGACGGACGGGAGGCGUCUAACGCGUGGAGGCGUUUAAGCAUCGUCAGCGUCUGCAGCUCACAGAGCAUCGCUAUGAAAUAGAUUCAACUCAGAGUGACAGAAGGGGAACAGAAACAAACUGGAUGUAAAAAUAAUUCGAAUAUCAGACAAAGAAAAGCUGAAAAAAUAAAUAAAAGAAUCAAAUCUAAGUUAAUCUAAAAGGUUUUUGUUUAUACAAUCACUGAUGGACUCCUUUAUGCAUUAAAGCAUUCAGUUUGUUACUUUAGGAGCAGAAGGGAUAUUCUUUUCAUUACAUCACUGCAUCUGGUCUCUGCAGUGUCGCACGCUGCAGCCUUCAUUCCCAGUUUGAGUCAAACUAGCCCAAUUAAUGUUUUACAAUGGCUGAAAUCUCAUCUUUCAACGAUUCACAUAUUUCUCUAUGAUAGUCAGAUAUUCUAUAAAUGUUUGUCCUUUUAUUUUUAUUUCUCCAAAUGAUUGAGGCUUUACUGGAUUUGUGUUUUUUUAUAAGCAGGCGGUGCAACAGGAGCCAUUUUCAGGCUGGUUUCCAUGAUUUCUGCAGCAUCAUAGCGCAGUUCUAACAUCUACUGUAAACAAUCUUAUGAUUUUUAAACAGUUUCACUAGUUCAGUGUUACUUACAGUCAGAUUCCUUGUUUCAGUGUGGAUUUAUUUCUUAAUUGUAUUUAUUUAAGUGACAAAACAAACAAAUAUGUCCUUAUUAAAGAUUUUGUACUGCUCUGUUAAUCAUUUUCAUGUCCAGAGUAAUAAAGUUGUUUUUAAUUUAGA